AUGGCUGAAGAAUCGAGUCCCAUGUUUCUAAACCCCGUCAUUCGGGGCUUCAACCCGGAUCCUACCAUCUGUGUAGUUCCCGCUACAGAAUCAACCCCAACGGCGUUUUUCCUCAGCACUUCAACAUUUGAGUUCUUUCCCGGAUGCGCCAUUUACACGUCAACCAAUCUAAUUGACUGGAAACUUAUUGGUCAUGCGCUCAACCGUCGAAGUCAAAUUGACAUGCGUACCGUUGAACCUGGUGCUGGUAGUUGGGCCAGUACUUUGAGAUAUCGACCUCAGGAGAAGAGAUGGUAUUUGGCUAAUGGUGUCUUCCACCGCUACCGACCAACUGUCGAUGAACGUAUCUUCCCUAGAGGGUUCUAUGUCUGGACGGACAAUAUCUGGGAUGACAAUGCAUGGUCCGACCCAGUAUACUUUGACAACCCUGGUUUUGACCAAGAUGACCAGUUGUUCUGGGACGACGAUGGGAAGGUCUAUCUCUCAACUACAAUGCGCUUCGCCUGGCGAGACCCCAACUCGAAGCAAAAGGACUUUGGAAUUCACAUAUCCGAGAUCGACAUCUCAACUGGAAAAACCCUCACCGCCCCGAAGGUCAUCCGAAAGUCUCCUCAUGGAAUUGCCGAGGGUUCUCAUAUCUUCAAGCGAGGAGACUGGUAUUAUCUCUUGACCGCUGAAGGAGGCACAGAAGCCGGUCAUCAAGAGUGGGUGUUUCGUAGCAGAGAUGGCCCAUUAGGUCCAUGGGAAAGCCAGGGAAAGCCGCUUUGGUAUAAUGGACCCGAUGAAGAGGUCCAAAGAACGGGACAUGUUGAUGUCUUUGAGGAUGGAAACGGAGACUGGUGGUCAGUCCUACUGGGUGUUCGACCAGUGCAACACCAGGGGGCGUUUUUGGAACCACAACUAGGACGAGAAACCUUUCUCGUCAAGGUUGAGUGGAAGGACGACUGGCCAGUCUUCAAUGACGGCAACAAUAUCACGCUGAAGACUACAGGAAGAGCUCUUGUAAAAUCAGCCUCGAAACAAAGUUUUCAGACGUGGAAGGCCGAUCUGUCAAAAGAUGAGCUGGAAUUGGGGUGGUACCAAAAGAAAAAGCCGGGUGUGCUAAGACUCUACGGGAACUGCUACGACUUAACAUCUCCUGAGGCUCCGGCCAUGCUUCUUAGGAAACAGACCUCGUACAACCAGGUAUUUAAAGUCAAAAUGAAUUUCAGCCCUACAGUUCGAGGCUACGAAGCUGGUGUUGUCCUAUGGUGGAGCCAGCAUUCUUAUGCUUCCUUAGGGGUCGUCGCUUCAGAAAAUGAGAGUGGAAAGGUCGAGAACAGGGUCGUCUAUAAAGGAGCUGCUGGGAAUGCCAAUGAAUUCAAAACUUCAGAGACAGAUCUUGGAGGUAACCUCGAAAACGUUGAAUUGUCUAUCCGUGCAUACCCGACCAAGUACGAGCUUUCUCUCAAGGCUGGAGGAAGGGAGUCAGAGGUAUAUACUGUCAACGCCAGUGCCUUGACGGCGAUGCCACCCCACGGAGGAUGUUUUGCCGGAACAAUGUUUGGAAUUUAUUCCUAUGGCAAGAAUCAGCCUGUAUUGGAUCCAGCAGACUUUUCAGACAUCAGCAUAGAGGAGCUUGAGUAG